GGCACAGUUGGCCUCUUGACUCUUCUGACCCGUGGAUGCCCCUGGUCACUGCCAUACCUUGGCUCGGUCAGCCUGAGAGUUUGUCUCCCCAGGUACCUGGCCAGUGGGUCUGGGGACACCACCGUGCGCUUCUGGGACCUGAACACAGAAACCCCACACUUUACUGCCAAAGGCCACCGCCAUUGGGUGCUGAGCAUUGCUUGGUCGCCCGAUGGCAGGAAAUUGGCAUCUGGGUGCAAGAACGGGCAGAUACUGCUCUGGGAUCCAAGCACCGGGACCCAGAUGGGCCGCAUCCUGGUGGGACACUCCAAAUGGAUCACCUCGCUGUGCUGGGAACCUCUGCAUCUGAACCCCGAGUGUCGCUAUUUAGCCAGUUCUUCCAAAGACGGCAGCGUUCGAAUCUGGGACACGGUCGCUGGCCGCUGUGACAAAAUCCUCACCAGCCACACUCAGUCGGUCACCUGUCUCCGGUGGGGAGGCGACGGUUUGCUAUACUCCUCCUCGCAGGAUCGGACCAUCAAAGUCUGGAGGGCCCAGGAUGUGAGUCGCCCAGAGUCAUGGGGAGUCGGGCAGCGUAUGCAUUUCAUGAAUACAAUAAAAAAUCAGUUGGCACCAUUUUUUCUUUUCCCACGCCUGUGUGUUGUCCUCCUCUGG